ACAACAGCGCCAAAAAUACAAUGGCUGAAAUAAAGAUUUUUCUACCGUGGAACUCGACAUUUUGCGUGCAUAAUACGUUAACGAGGCAAAACACGCUAGUUCUUUCCUUAUCCAAAGGUGUCGCCCCCGAGGAGUGUUCCCCCCAAAGCGAUCUGAACUUUAUUUUGAAAAGCCACUCGACUUCCGCCUUUAUUGUGGACUAGCUGACGUCUCUUUCGGCGCCAGCCAGAGCUCGGUCGACUCGCAGAGGCAGCGGGAUGCGGCGGGGUGCAGCCCAGCGAGCGGCGACAGUCCUCCCGUCCCACGACCACCCCGAUGGGCGUUUUUGUCGUGCUUUUGUCGCCCUCGACGCUCGGAUCUCACCGGAAGCGGCGAAAUGAAGCGGAUGAAUCCACGCUGGAAGUCGACCCCGAUGUGGCCGUCGGGAGUGGGCAGCCGGCAGCCUUGCCCGCGGGAGUCGGCGCUGCGCAGGGCGGCCAUCAGCGGCAACGUCCUGGCCCUGCCGCCGCACCACGUUCCCAGCGGCCGCAGCGUCCGCGUCUUCAUCUGCGCCAAUCCCGACGACACAGAGGCAGAAAGGAACGCACUGAAAGAGCACGUCUACCCCAAACUACGGGACUUCUGCAGGGAGAACUACGGCAUUGAAUUCCAGGUGGUGGACCUCUACUGGGGCGUGGACCCAGAGGAGUGGGACAGUCCGGAGCUGCAGCGGCUCAGGAUGAAGCUUCUGGAGGAAUGUCUGAAGACGUCAGCGGGACCGUGCUUUGUUGGUUUGGUGGGAGAGAAGUACGGCAGCAUUCGAGUGCCAGGAGAAGUGGAAUCGGCAGAGUUUGAGAUGAUCUUGGACGCAGCAGUGGAAGCAGGGCUGGACACGCGCAUCUUGGACGAGUGGUACUGCAGGGAUGAAAACUCUGUGCCGCCCGCAUACUACCUCAAACCCAAAGCCCAAAUGCUGAAGAACUACCAGAACUCAAUGGAGUCCAGCAGUGCAGCCAAAACCAAGAACGACAAGGCCUGGAGGAAAGUGUCGGAGGAGAUCAAGCGUAUCUUCCGUACGGCGGUUCUGCAGCUUCAAGAAAAGGGGACAAUGCCGAGCACUCAGGCCAAGAAAUUCCUUUGCUCCGCCUUGGAAGACGAAUUAGACUUUGCCCUCGGAAAACAAACUCCCGCCUUUCUCAGGAAAUGCGUUUGCUACAUCCGCAAGAUUUCAAACUUUGACCGCUUCGCAAAACUCCCCGAGAUGACCCGCUACAUGGACAUUGUGGUGAGCAGCGACCGCAUCAUGCGCAACCAGGAAGCAUACGAGCGCUUGCUGAAGGUGCGCGACGAGUUCAUACCAACGGUGGUGGCCGCGUCCAACCUCCGUGUUUACUCCUCGGUCACGCACUGUGACAUGAAGCUCGGCUACUCCCAGGAAGUGGAGAGCCAGUAUGUGGAGGGACUAUGUAAGCAAUUCUAUGAGGACAUGGUGGAUAUAAUUCAGGCCACAGUCCAGCAGAACUUUGACACAGAGUCUGACCCGCUGUAUGAUGAGAUCUUGCAGCACCUGUCCCUUUGUAAAACCUACUCAGCGCUGCAUGAGUACAAGACCGAGUCCUUGGAUUACGUGCAGGAGUACCUUUUGCCAUCUAAGGGGGGUAGGAUGAGUCCGCUCGUCGUGCAUGGUGGGCCCUGCACGGGGAAGACAUUGCUACUUGCUGAAGUGGCCAAACAGGCCUACGCGUGGCUGCAAAAAGAGACGGGCCCCGAAACAGAUCCCGUGGUUAUUGUCCGUUUCAUCGGUUCCAGUCAACCUUCCACAGACUUGCGCACCCUUCUCCAGAGCAUCUGCGAACAGAUUGCAAUAAACUACCGCUGCUUGAUUCACUUUUUGCCUAACAAAAUCCAGGAAAUGAGGGAGCUCCUAAUCAACCUGCUGGGAGAAUCCUCCUUUCACAGGCCCUUAGUCAUCAUCCUGGAUGCCCUGGAGCAGCUGUCAGAUGCCGAUGAAGCGCGCAAGCUGUGGUGGCUCCCAAUACAACUCCCUCGGACAGUCCGCAUUGUCGUGUCAACAUUGCCCAAUAAACACGGAAUCUUGCAGAAGCUCCGACACGCUGUUCACGAUGAGGACAAUUACGUGGAGUUAGUACAGAGGGACCGCAAGGUCUGCAGCCAGACGUUAAAGCAGCAGUUACUUGGCGUCAAGCGAAAGGUCACCUCGGGUCAACAAAUCUACGUCAACGAGGCUCUGGCAAAGUGUACGUUGCCGAUGUUUGUUAAUUUAAUCUACAGAGAGGUGGUGCACUGGAGGUCUCACAAGGAUGUGGAUGAGAAAUCCCUGUGCUCCACGGUACACGAAAGCAUAGAACAGUUAUUCUAUUCGGUCGAGAACAAGUUGGGCCAACGAUUUGUCUUUCGAGCGUUGGGGUAUAUCACCAUGGCCAAAGCGGGGUUAACUGAGAUUGAGCUGGAGGACAUUCUUUCCCUGGACAACAUCGUCCUCGGUGACGUUAUUGUGGUAUCGUACCUCAAAAAUCCCUUAAGAAUUUCUUGUGACUUGGUAGCACGGCUCAAGGAAGAGCUGGAAGGUUACCUGGUGGAACGCCAGGUGCAUAACGUCACCCUGAUGGUCUGGGCCAACAGGCAUCUGCAUCUCAUUGCCCAGAAGCUGUACCUGAGCAACGAGGAAGACGUCCAUCAAAUGCACAGCCUUCUGGCAGAGUACUUCCUGGGGGCGUGGUCAGGGGGCCGUAAGAAGAUCUUCACUUAUGACAACAAUCAUUUCACGUCCCAAAACAUAUCGCACCACAAAAAUCCCCACCAUCAACAAUCCCAUGAGAAAACCUCAUCUGACAAGUACUCAUAUGACAGGCAAACCCCGGAGCAGCCUUGGGUCUUCCAGUGCAACCUUCUGGAGCCCGACAUUUUCUUUGUCAACCACAGGAAGAUGACAGAGCUGGUGUUCCACCUCACGAGAAGUGGCCGUACCGAUGACCUCAUGUUUGGCGUCAUCAUGAACUUCAGCUGGCUGUACACAAUGAUCAAGAUCGGACAGUUUGAAAAGGCUUUAAAUGACAUCGAAUUGGCCUACAGCUACACCCAAGAAAAAGAGCUGAAGUUUCUAUCCACCACACUCCGCAGCAUCAAGGUCAAGGUGUUGAAAAACCCGGCAUCGCUUUCUGCAGAACUGCAGCAAAGGCUGCUGCCAGUGGUCACCUCCCUGCCAAAACUUAGACAUCUCCUCCUGGAGUGCGACAAGGACGGCCCCAAGUACUGCUCCAUUGUGCCUCUUCACUCCUCAAUGGAUGUCACCUACAGUCCAGAGAGACUGCCUUUGAGUUCUAGUUACAUGCAUAUCGUGGAGAUCUUGCCCACGCUAGCACCGAACAUCGUCCUCGUCGCCCUGGAAGAUGGCUCGGUCAGCACGUGGGACGUCGAGAGCAGACAAUUGCUACGGCAGAUCGACACGGCGAGAUCGGUCGUGCUGGGAAUCAGGCUGACCGCCGACGAGAAAUAUUUAGUUGUGGCCACCACUAAAAACACGCUCCUGAUCUACGAUAAUCAUAAAUCCUGCCUUUUGUCGGAGGUUGAAAUCAAGGGCUCCAAACACGCUGGCGUCACCGGUGGGGUGGCCUUUAUCAACGGCUUUACUCUGUCAACUCACCACGCUUUAGCCUGGCUCGAGGCCAGUAAAGACGUCAACGUCAUUGACCUACUUUACGGCUGGCCUCUCUAUCAGUUCCAUUGCUGGUACGAGGUGACUUGCGUCCAGUGCUCACCAGAUGGAAUGUAUGCCUUCUGUGGACAGUACCUCAACACCGCAUCCAUCUUUCAUUUGGGGAAUGGCGACAAGUUGGCCACCGUGACCUCGGAGUUUUCGGGGGGCUUUGUCAAAUCCAUUCUCGUCCUCGACACGAUCAACCAAAUGGUGAUGAUCGACAACGAGGGGAGUCUGUCCGUAUGGAACACCAAAGAGAUCACCAACCCGCGUCUGAUGGAGGACUACGACUGCAGAGGUGAUGACAGCGAAGUGGUGAGCAUCGAGCUUUCGGAAGACCAGCGCUCAAUUCUGCUUUGCAAGGCCAGAAGCAUUGAGGUUCUCGAUACGAAGGUAUGGAAAAUGGUGGAGAAGUUCAAAGCAAAACGGAGUGAGCGUUUUGUAGCCGCGGUUCUUUCCAAGAAUGGGCAAAGUAUCGUGGCCUCCAUGGAGAACACCUCUUCCAUCUUUGUGUGGAGGAGGGACAGCGGGCAAUGCAUGGCAAGCCUGAUCGAGAUUUCGGGGGCCAUCGUCAAACUCAUCAAGUCGGUCCACCACAACCUGCUACUUUCUGUUGCCAGCAGCGGAGUGCUGUCCGUCUGGGACAUCGACAUCAUCACCGCAAUGUCCAAUAUCGACAAAACGGGCAAGAAGAUCCAGACGUUGCAGCUGUCUGGCAGAGAGGAUUACGUGUUUACCAUGGAUGGUUCUGAAGCAGUCCACAAGUGGAACUUCAGCACCGGAUUUAUCGAAACGGUCUUCAAGCACGAGGGCACAGUGGAGAACUGUGUGCUAACCUCCUCGGGGGAUCUAAUGGUAACGUCCGACGACAAGUGCAGUCAGUACAUCUGGCAAACCAACAGCGGCGAGAACAUUUUUCGCAUCAACGGACAGCGAAUAUGCCAGCUGCUGAUCACCCACAACGACCAGUUUGUCGUUUCGCUCUGCGAACAAAACGCCUCGAGAGUCUGGAGACUGGCCACCGGACACAAAGUGUGCAACAUCUUAGUCACCCUCCAGAACGCUCUGAUCACCACAGCCAACACGUUUCUGGUGGGCAUCUCCAAAAACAAGCUCCUGGCCGUCAGCUUGUGGUCGGGCAGCGUGUCCAAGAAGUUUGUGUGCGACGACGGCAUCACCAUUGUCAACUUCAAACUCAUUCCCGACUGCCCUGACUGCGUCGUUUUCAUCACAUCCACAGAGACGGUCUUCAUCUGGAGCGUGGCAGACGAGGCCGUCUGCAGGCGCGUCCAGCUGCCAGCCAACUUCCUGAAAAAUCUCGAGGACUUCCAGAUCUCGCCCAACGGCAAGCAAGGAAUUGUGUCCAAAGGUGACGAGAACAUCAACGUGCUGGACCUCCACAGCGGGAAGCUGAGGCUCGUCCAUGCCGCCGGCAUCAUCUGGCGUCAGAAAUUAUCACGGGACGGCCGUUACCUCGUAGAGCCCUCAACAUCAUCAUUGGCUUUGAGGACGGCAGCAUUGGCACAUACACCGUGGUGGACCGCGUGGACGCCGCGCUCAAGAUCAAGAUCGCCACGUCCAACAGCCGACAGAUUGUCAACAACGCUUCGCAGAAGGUCCGUCCCAAAUGCGGCAAUCAUUCCUUCAAGACCAUCGCCGACUGCAUUUGGAGGGAAUCGACGGAGGUUUUCUCCAGGGACAGCCCGAUCAAUGUGUCUGACUCCGGCGAAGGUGAGUCGACUACGCCGACAAAAAAGACGGAGCUGCUGCAGUGAAAAAAAAAAAGAAAAACAAAAAACCAGGAAGAGCGGAGAUGUGUGACGAGGUUUCGACUCUCCGGAGGGUUGUAGUUGACUCUUGUUUACAGCCACGUGAUUCAGCUGCAAAUGUCAGGCGUCUGACUAUCUAUCCUAUCUAGUCGUCGUACUGUUUUUCGUUUGUUUUCCAUUCUUACGCUCGGAAUCAUCAACACAAGACGGGAAGAAAUUCAAUGAGAUGCGAGUUCGGCCAUUCUGUGUCCUUUUAGCAUUUGAAGAACAAAUGAUUUCAGUGUCUUUGCGACGGAACACCGUCAAAGCCAUUCUGCUCAUCUCUGCCGCUCUUAUUGUCCAAUGGGUUAAUUUGCGGACAUUAUGCCAUUGCGUUCUACAGCAAGAGAACAUUUUUAUUUUCUUUACAUCCGUUGGCACACACACACACACAC